UUCAUGUGAGGUGUCCAGAGAAAGAAAAGCUGCUCUUCAGAUUGUUGUUUUGUUUAUGUAAUUAUUUCUCUGAGGUGGGUGUGUGGUGGGAAAGUGCUGAAAAGUCAAGUCAUUUGAAGUUCUCCAAACCGAGAGGUGAACACAAGGAUCCCAGUGUGGUGGUUACCCUCAGCUGAAACAGGGCCUUUGCAGGGUGGAGGCAGCAAGCAGCAGCCAGGACCUGUCACAUUACUCUCAGCUCCAAAGUGGAACGAGGGCACCUGAAUACAGCCUGUGAGGGAGAGUAACACAGUGUGAGACUUCACCAAACACACAGGAAGGCAGCGACGCCUCUGCAGCAGCAACAGAGACUGACUCGGGACUUGGGAGAAACUUUUAUCUCUUGAGUCAAGGGGAUCGCAGCUGUGUGUUGCCAGAGAUUGUGCUUAAAAGUCCUCUAACCUGCUUUGUGAGACUUUGGAUUUGUUUAAAAAAGAGACAGCACAAUGGAUAAGGAUGCUCUACUGGACUAUGAGUACCCUGACCUGGAUCCUUUGCCAUCCAAAAUUGAAGCAGAAAUAAUCCCUCCAUGUGACCCCACUGCUGAUGACAGGCUCUACCACAUAUGCAUCACUGCGAUAUCUCUUGUCGUCAUGCUGAUCCUAGCAAUCUUAGCCAGACGAACAAAGGUGGGCGACAGACAGAAAGGACUCCCAGGUUUACUCAGUCCGGUCAACUUCCUGGAUCAUACGCAGCACAAGGGCCUUGCAGUGGCUGUGUUUGGAGUGCUCUUGUGCAAACUGUGGGGCCUGAUCAUAUCGCCAAACCCGCUCCCCUUCACGACAGACACAGAGAAUAAACAGAACUGGGUGAUUCUGGGAGUCUUCUACUACCCCGCGCUAUACUACCCUCUCCUGGCAUGCGGCACUUUACAUAACAAAGUGGGCUAUGUACUUGGUAGCCUCUUGUCAUGGACGCACUUUGGUGUUCUGGUCUGGCAGAAAAUCGACUGUCCCAAAACACCUCUGAUACACAAACACUACUCCCUUUUCUCCAGCCUGCCCCAGAUAGCUUGCUUGGCAUUCCUUAGUUUCCAGUAUCCCCUGCUUCUAUUCAAGGGCUUAAAGGGCACUGAAAAGAACAAUGCCACAGAGGAUCUCAGCAGCAGCUACUACAAAGACUACGUGAAGAAAAUGCUCAAGGAGAAGAAGCCCGCCAAAAUCAGCACAUCGAGCACAGAGACCCCAAAGCUCCCUCAGAGGAUAAUGGAUGCUGUAAAGUCAUACAUUUACACACCAGAGGAAGCUUUCCGUUUUCCACUGAAGUUGGCUAUAUCUGGUGUGGUGUCAUUUAUUACCCUUUAUCAGGUGGGUCUUCUACUGAUCUCAGCCGUGGUACCAACUCUCCAGACUGCUCGCUCUGGAGUCAAUGAAGACGUCGCCAACCUUUUAGCUGGCUUCAAGAUCAUGCUGUCUCCAGACAAACAUGAAGUGGUCAGAAUAGUGAUUUACUACAUGUGGUGUGUAGAAGUGUGCUAUAUCUCAGCGAUGACACUGUCUGGCUUGGUCAACCUGGCCAUGCUCAUGCGGUCCAUGGUUCUGCAUCGGUCAAACCUGAAGGGGCUGUACAGAGGAGAUAUAUAUAAUGUUUAUAACUGCCAGAGAAGCAUCAGGGCGUCGCGGCCGGCGCUGGUCUGCUGGAUGGGAUACACCAGCUUCACUGCAGCUCACAUGUGCAUUGGCAUGAUCAUCCAGACCAUGGUGUUCUUCCUGUGCCUUCUGAUCGCCGUCUUCCUCAUUAUCAUGCCCGUGCUGCACGGACAGAAUCUGAUUCUCUUCCAGAUCCUGUGGAGCAUGUGGCCCUUCUGGCUGAUGAUUCUCUUGGCCGUGUUGAUUCAGCAUAUCACCGGCAGGUUUUGCUUCAUCAAAAAAACAGCAGGCACACGAGACCUAGACAACAGGGGUAAUCUGUUCCUGCUGACGUACCUGCUGUUCCCAGUCAACGUUCUGAUCGGCGUGCUACUGGCAGUGUGGCGCAUGCUCAUCACAGCCCUGUUCAACAUUGUCCACAUGGGACGCAUGGACAUUAGUCUGCUUAACCGCAACGUUGAGGCAUUUGACCCAGCCUACCGCUGCUAUGCUCAUUAUCUGAAGAUUGAGGUGAGCCAGUCGCACCCUGUGAUGAAGGCCUUCUGCGGGAUGCUGCUGCUGCAGUCCGUGGGCCAGGAGAGCAAUGCUGCACAGAGGUCACGGGAUGCGGAGGAGGGGAUCCAGCUGGUCCAUCAGGAGAAGAAACAGCACAAAGUGUCCAGUGCAAAGAGAGCCCGCAGGCACUGGCAGCUCCUCUACACCCUGGUCAACAACCCCUCCCUGGUGGGCACCAGGAAGCACUUCCAGCGUCAGACCGCAGAGAGCUUUCUGAAUGGAAGCCUCAACCGCAGCGCCAAGGAGGGGAGCAAAAAGGAGGCAGCAACCAAGGAGGCAGAGGCCGCUGCCAGCAACUGAGCAUGAACGUGACCCUGAUUAAGGAUUGGCUGCAAAGUCUCUUUUGGUUUUGGGCAAAUUCUAUAUCAUUUGUCCCCAUCUACUGAAAUAAGUGCACUUAUAGAUCAGCGCCACAUGUAGAGAUAUUCACCGAGCCUGUCUGGAGACUGUGUGUCCACUUUAUGCUCUUUGUGUCUCCCUGGUGGUUUAUACAUGAGGGCCACAGUCUCCAGUCUGAGGGGAGAGCUUGUGUGGCGCUGAUCUCCCAUCUGAACACACCCAUUAUGUCUCAUUUUCAGCACCUUAAUGUGCUUAUUUUGGGAUAGCACUGGUUUGCUCUACAUUUCAGCCUGCAUAUGUUAAUCACAUUUGUUCUCCAAUAUUUUGUUAUUAUCACAUUGUGCAGAUAAUGAUGCACAUUUGUUGUUGCCCAAACAAAACACAUGGACGUGCAUCCCCAUGAAGCAUCCUUUUAAAGAGGGUUUCACUAUUUAUGAAUUUUCAUAGCCAAUGUGAUACAUUUCUUUUUUUUUCAACUGUACACAUUUUGUGUAAUUAACAAUAACCUGUGGAAUAGGAACAACCAGGAAAAUUGAACUGUUUGUAAUUUCUGUUUUAUUUGUUGAUCUCUACGUCCAAAACCACUUGCUGCUACCAGCGUUUUCUUAUUGUUGUCUUUUCUGGCAUUUCAAAGGCCGACGUUUAAGUGAAAAUAUGAACACCCGAAUUUUCCUUCUGAUUAUUACUGUGAAAAUAAAACGGAAACAAAUGUUUUUCUCUAUUUUAA